CUAACACGUCCCGUCUCUGUUGCCUUCACUGGCAGUGGGAAAACCAGCUCUGACGUCUGGGCACCAGAACUGCAGCAGAGAACAUUUAAUCAGUUUCCCGCGUUAUCAACACGUCUGGUCAAAGUUCCACUCGGAGCCCAGCUCACGCAAACACGCGUUGAGUGUAAAACUGCAGCAGCUCCCGACUUCACGUCUUCAGCCUCAGGUUUUGCAUCUCAGGAGUUCAGACCGUGGCUCCUGCGCCACAUGGCGGAUCAAUGUCCGAACAUAUGUGUGCGUCACUGCUUCAGCUGUUCUUGGGAGACCAAUUCUUGAAAACACACCUGCUUCAGCUUCAGACUAACUGGGUGAUUCUAACUUGGCUCCAGUCCUGGUUCAGGUGAGCCCUGUGUUCCGGAGGAGAGGCUGGGGGAAGGGUGAUGGCCAGGAGAGGAGGUCCCCGCGAGGAUAGACAUACACGAGUCUGUGUGACUCUUUCUGUCACCAUAGCAACAUGACUUGAGCCCCCUGAGGUCGACCCUGCUGACUCUGAUUUGGCCGUCAUGUUCACAUUUCUCAACCUGAAUCUUUGCUACUUGAUGAUUCAGUUGUUGAUCGGCCUAUUUCAGGGAACUUUACCGCUCUCACUUCAAGUUUUGGACCCAGCCUCCGACGCCAGCAAUGACAUUUGAACACGCUCCCUUCUUUCAAACGUCCGCAGACCCAGGACCAGAUAUCUAAUCCGCCUGGUUCUGUGCGACGAGGCUUGGUGACCUGUGGCAAAACCAACUCUUGACUGCUCCCAGUGACGCUGCACGCACUCACUUGACGGAGCUGCAGGAUACCUGGUUGCCACAGUAACAGCGUGGCACCCACACAGGCAUUGUCUUCCUCUCAUCUCUCUGGUCGCCAUGGUGACCUUUCCUGUGGCAGCUGAAGAGCUGUUGAAGUGUCAGCAUCACGUCGGCACAGGUGAGAGUCAGUGUUCGACGACUGGCAGGAUGAAUAUACGCCGAUGUCGUCACAUCAUGACACCCACCACUCGCCUGGAACUUUCUCCAGCAAGAAUCUUCUGAAGGAAUAUUCUGCUGUCGUCAUGCUACCUUCACAUUUUCACACCAUUCUACUGUCAGUGGAGGGCAUGAAGGUGGUGGAGAUUGAGAAAUGUCGCAACGACAUCAAAAAGCUGCGCGAGGAGAUGGCCUCACGGAACAACAGCAACUUCCUCGAGGAAAGUAAGAAACUGACUCCUCGGAGAGACGUCCCGUCGUACCCCAAGUACAUGCUGUCACAGCAGACCAUAGACGCCCUGAAACGGCCCGCCUUCGACGUCUGGCUGUGGGAGGCCAACGAGAUGCUGAGCUGCCUGGAACACAUGUACCAUGACCUGGGCCUCGUCAAGGACUUCAACAUCAACCCCAUCACACUCAAGAGGUGGCUGUUGUGUAUCCACGACAACUACAGAAACAAUCCCUUCCACAACUUCCGCCACUGUUUCUGUGUCACUCAGAUGAUGUACAGCAUGAUCUGUCUCUGCAGCCUGCAGGAGAAGUUCACUCAAGUGGACAUCCUGAUCCUCAUGACAGCAGCCGUGUGUCAUGACCUCGACCAUCCCGGCUUCAACAACAUGUACCAGAUCAAUGCCAGAACCGAGCUGGCAGUGCGCUACAACGACAUCUCUCCACUGGAGAACCACCACUGCGCCGUGGCCUUCCAAAUCUUUUCGCAGCCUGACUGCAACAUCUUCUCCACGUUCGACCCUGAGGCCUUCAAACAGAUCCGACAGGGAACCAUCACUCUGAUCCUGGCCACUGACAUGGCCCGACACGGAGAGAUCCUGGACUCCUUCAAGCAGAAAGUCGAUGCUUUCGACUACUCGGAUGAGGAGCACGUCACCUGUCUGAAGAUGGUUCUGAUUAAAUGCUGCGACAUCUCCAACGAGGUCCGGCCCAUGGAGGUGGCCGAGCCCUGGGUGGACUGUCUGCUGGAGGAGUACUUUAUGCAGAGCGACCGCGAGAAGUCCGAGGGGCUUCCUGUCGCCCCCUUCAUGGACAGAGAGAAAGUCACCAAGCCCACGGCUCAGAUCGGAUUCAUCAAGUUUGUGCUGAUCCCCAUGUUUGAGACUGUCAUGAAGCUCUUCCCCCAGAUCGAGGAGGCCAUGGUGCAGCCGCUCAGAGAGUCCAGAGACCGCUAUGAAGAGCUGAAGCAGAUCGACGACGCCAUGAACGAGGUGCAGAAGAAGAAGAGCGAGAACUUGACCAUGGGCGGGAAGAAGAAGUGACAGGUGCGUGUUCCCCCGACAUCAGAUGACGCCGCCGCCGCACUCGCCUGUGUUUCUGCCCCACCACCCUCAGGUCUCCGUGCCAGUGACUGCGAGCUCGACAAUCCAAAGACUCUUCAGGAAUGUGGAAUCAUGUGACCAGAGUAGGGUGUUUUUAUUGGUUGUUUUUUUUACAGUUUGUACAGAUUGGUAGUUUUGUUUUGUUCAGUUUUUCUUUUUCGACGCACAAAUAAAUUUACCUAUG